AUGCCUCAUGGUGAUUAUCAUCCAGAAUGCUUCAAAUGUGCACGUUGCCGUCGACCACUCGAGUCUUCACGCCAUGGAUAUGAAUACGAAGGUAGACUUCUCUGUGAAAAGGAUUACCAGCGAUAUCUGGAGAAGGAUGCACAGCGCUCAGAUCGACCCUCACGAAACCGUGGAGCUGCAGUUUGUGCAGGUUGUGAUGCACCGAUCCAAGGCGAAUCACCAGUCUAUGCAUUGGGUCAAGCAUGGCAUGAACACCAUUUGGCAUGCUAUCAAUGCAAGAAGCCUAUUCAACAAUCUGUGGGUCAUGUAGAGAAGAAUGGACGGGUGUAUUGUCCCAAGGAUUUUGGAGAGUUAUUCUUGCCCAAGUGCCGUGGAUGUGGAUUGCCAGUAGAGAAGGAAGCUGUCUGUGCACAGGAUGGAAAAUUGCAAGGCAAAUGGCAUGCAGCUUGCUUUGGAUGCCAAACUUGUAAGAAGCCUUUCCCAGACAAGAGCUUUUAUGUCUAUGGUGAUUCACCCUAUUGCAGGAGACAUUACCAUAAACUGAACAACUCUCUCUGCAAGGGGUGCGAUGAACCUAUCGAAGGGCCUUGUGCUCAGACUGUAGAGGGCUGGAGAUUCCAUCCUGGAUGCUUCUGUUGUGUGGAGUGCAAAGUUCCAUUGACUGAUAUUUACUACAACUUUGAGAAUCAGGCCUAUUGCGAGAGAGAUAUCACAGUCAUGCAACGUACUCGUAAUGUUCGUGCUGAGCGUCGCAAGACACAAUUUGGAAAAAUCUAA